ACACAAAAAAGGCGUUUGUCCAUGACCAAGUGAACAACCCCACAAGUCGACAACCAGAGUUCCCCACUAAUCACAUUUUUUUUACGACUAAGCAGCUCCACCCCAAGAUGCCAUCAUCGUCAUUAUAAUACUUAAUAGUUAAUACUAUACUUCUUCUAAGACCAAUUCAAAAAAUUCACAAAUCUUCUGGAUCCGCGAUCUUUCUCCUUUUCCUUCUUUCUCUUCUAUUCGAACCGGUUGCUGUGUUGAUUCAGAAUGGCGUUCUUCAGAAGCGUUUCUGCGCUUUCUAGGCUACGAUCUCGCGUGGGUCAACAACCUACCCUUGCCAAUUCAGUUAGAUGGCUUCAAAUUCAGACAUCCACUGCCACUGAUCUACGUUCUGAGUUGAAGGAGCUAAUUCCAGAAUAUCAGGAGCGUGUUAAGAAGCUGAGGAAAGAGCAUGCAAAUGUUGAAUUGGGAAAAAUCACUGUUGAUAUGGUACUUGGUGGAAUGAGAGGAAUGACGGCUUUGGUAUGGCUAGGUUCAGCUGUCGAUCCAGAUGAGGGAAUUCGCUUUAGGGGCAUGACAAUUCCUGACUGCCAGAAAAAACUUCCUGGUGCAUGUCCUGGUGGGGAGCCAUUGCCUGAGGGCAUACUCUGGCUUCUAUUGACAGGAAAGAUACCUAAUAAGGAGCAAGUAGAUUCAUUAUCCCAGGAAUUGCGAAGUCGUGCAACUAUCCCAGAUUAUGCUUUUAAGGCUAUUGAUGCUUUGCCUGUUUCUGCUCAUCCAAUGACUCAGUUUACUACUGGUGUCAUGGCCUUGCAGGUUGAGAGUGAAUUUCAGAAGGCAUACGAGAGUGGGAUAGCUAAGGCAAGGUACUGGGAACCAACGUAUGAGGAUACAUUGAAUUUAAUUGCUCGUUUGCCUGGAAUUGCUGCUUAUAUUUAUAGGAGGAAAUACAAGGAUGGAAAAAUCAUACCAUUGGAUGAUUCUUUGGAUUAUGGUGCAAACUAUGCUCACAUGUUAGGAUUUGACGAUCCAGAAAUGCUGGAGUUUAUGAGGCUGUAUAUUUCCAUUCAUAGUGAUCAUGAAGGUGGUAAUGUUAGUUCUCAUACAGCCCACCUAGUAGCCAGUCCACUAUCAGAUCCUUACCUUGCAUUUGCGGCUGCUUUGAAUGGUUUAGCUGGGCCACUCCAUGGGUUGGCUAAUCAGGAGGUUCUGCGAUGGAUCCGAUCAAUAGUUGCGGAGUUUGGCACUCCAAACAUUAGUACAGAGCAACUGAGCGAGUACAUUCAUAAAACAUUGAAUAGUGGCCAGGUUAUUCCUGGAUACGGACAUGGUGUUUUGCGCAAAACAGAUCCAAGAUACACAUGCCAGAGGGAGUUUGCUUUGAAGCAUUUGCCAAAUGAUCCAUAUUUCCAGCUGGUGUCAAAAAUAAAAGAGGUUGUGCCUCCUAUUCUCACCAAGUUAGGCAAGGUUAAAAACCCAUGGCCUAAUGUUGAUGCUCACAGUGGAGUGCUACUGAACUACUAUGGUCUUACCGAGGAAAACUAUUAUACUGUUCUCUUUGGCGUGUCGCGAGCUGUCCUCCACUCAGUUGCUGUCGCAAACCCGAGCUCUUGGAAUGCCACUCGAAAGGCCCAAAAGUGUUACAUUGGAGAAACUAGAGCAAUUGUGUGCCAAAUAAUCAUAUGGUAAUAUAUUAUCGUACAAUGCUACUGUUCCGUGAAUUAUGUGAGACUGGCAUGAUUUGGCCUAAGGUCCACUCCUUAGAUGUCUUUUUUAGUAAGGUGAAGUCUGAGUGAGAAUGGGGAUGGUAUCUGUAAGGGAGAAAUUUUGAUAUGGUAUCUGUAAGGGAGAAAUUUUGAUAUUUAAGUUGGUUGAGAAAAAUCUGUGUGUGAUGAGGUAUUUAUAUAAUAGGAAUGAUGACUUAAUUAUCACUUUGGAACUUUCCUACUUAGAGUGAUGGGUAGUUAUUUUCUAUUGUUUAGGAAGGAGUUGUUAUCUCAUAUUUCGAAUAGUGGGCGAGUUUGUAGACAUGCACAUUAGUGUAGUUGAGAGGACUUUCUUAUCGUGCAAGUCGAAACGAGUUUGGACUUAGGGAUCCAAGCUUUAGUCAAAUUGAAUAACCUUAGUAAGAUAUGUUUCCUAAAUUCUUUGAAUUGGGCUUUUUAGUACU